AUGACUCCAGCUAAAUACAUCAAGUUUGGUUUGUUAAACGCAGGUUCACUGGGGACUAAUCAAGAUCAAUUUCUGAUAGCCAUGGGCAACUAUUCCGUGGAUAUAAUGGCUAUCAACGAAACUUGGUUGCGCAAGGGUGAGGAUGGCCGCGCGCCUAGUGUGCCUGGGUAUAGACUUAAACACAUACCGCGUCCCACGACUGUCCGUGGUGGGCGAGGCGGAGGGGUCGCAUUUUACCUUAAAAAUGGAAUCACUGCGCGCAUCAGACCUCAUCCUGAGCACAGCAAUGUGGAACAGCUCUGGCUGAACCUCAAUGUCAAUAAAAAAAAACUACUUAUUGGCACUGCUUAUCGUCCACCAUGGCUAGAGUUACAUACUUUUCUGGACGCCUUGACUGACAGCAUUAGUGGGUUGGCACCUUAUGAUCAUCUGAUUCUGUUGGGAGACUUUAACGUUAAUAUGUUAGAUGUUGAUAGCACAAAAACGAAAGAACUUACGGAGUUUCUCAAUCACUUGAAUAUUCAACAGCUAGUGCAAACACCCACACACUAUGUGGGAGACAGUAGUUCGCUAAUUGAUGUUGUCUGCACAGAUGCUCCUACUCGUAACGUCAUUGUGAAUCAUAUUAGUGAGCUUGGCCAUCACUCGUUUAUCACAUGCGAGACAAUUUUUAAAAAGCCUACGUUCAAACCCAGGUCGGUUGUAUUUCGUCCGCUCAAAAACAUACUGGAGGACUACUUCAUAAUGGAUUUGGGGAAUAUACCAUGGUCAUCGGUUGGUGACAUGAGUAAUGUUAAUGAUAUGGUGCAAACAUUUAACUUCUUUUUGAAUCAGCUUUUUGAUCUCCAUGCUCCUCUCAAAAGCAUGACCUUUAAAACCCGUCCCACUCCGUGGAUAACUGAUAAUGUUAGGCUAAUAUCGAAGAUGAGAGAUGAGGCAAGGGCACGGUUUCGCAAAACUAAGUUACCAGGACAUAAGCAAUAUUAUCUUCAACUCAAGCAUCAAGCUAUUACGGCCCUGGCUAGCGAGAAGAAAUCAUAUUUCACAAAGAGCAUCAAUGACCAUAUUAAGGACCCUAAACUGUUAUGGCGCAACCUAAAGUCUGAUGUGCUGCCAGAUCACACGCAAAGAUUACUACCAGGACAUUUCAACAACCCUGAUGAAAUUAAUGCUGCGUUCCUGGAUGUGCCGGGCAACUGUCAUCUAAAUGUGUCACAGCAGUCCUACUUUGAGACACAUAGCUUUGGUGAUGCCACAUUCAGUCUUACAACGACCAACGCCGAGGCUGUUCUUAAGAUAAUUAAGAGCCUGGGAUCUAAUGCACAAGGUAUCGACUGUAUCAGCCUUGAUAUGAUAUCCCUUGCUUUGCCUAAUGCCUUGCAAGCCAUUACUGAUAUAAUUAACUGCUCUAUUACCACGAGUACAUUCCCUGAACUAUGGCGAUGCGCUAUCGUCCGACCUAUAUCCAAAAAUAAUAAUCCAGUCAGUACAAAGGACUUGAGACCUAUCAGUAUUCUGCCUUGCCUCUCCAAGAUUCUAGAACGGGUAGUCUACUCCCAAGUAGUAAAUUUUCUGGAGGCUGAUGAAACAUCUGUGGCUGUGCAGAAAAUCAACGAAGAUUUGCAGAGAGUGGUUGAAUGGUCUGAAGUGAACUCUCUGGUACUUAACCCCCUUAAAUCGAAGUUUAUAGUUCUGGGUUCUAGGAACCAAGUGCGUACAAUCUUGACCACUAAUCCUGCGUUGACAGUCAUGGGCGAGAGCAUUGAGAGAGUUGAGCUAGCAUUUAAAAAGGCAGUCGUCCACCCAAUUCACAAGGGAGGAAACAGAGACUGUGUCGACAACUACAGACCUAUAUCAGUAUUAUCAGCAUUGUCUAAAAUACUCGAAAAACUUUUGAAUACCCGACUUAACGAAUUUUUAAAUAAAUACAACAUUAUUGCCGAUAACCAGUAUGGCUUCCGAAGUGGUGUAUCCACUGAAGAUGCUGUACUGGACCUAACACAGUUCGUUGCAAAUAAGUCACAGAACUGUCAGUGCCAACCUCUAACAUCUGCUACUGUAGUCAGAUAUCUGGGUAUUCAAAUUGAUGAACAUCUUCGCUGGGACAAACAACUGAACAAGGCAGCUUUAUGUGCUCGCAUCUAUUCAGAGAAGACACAGGACAGUUUCCCCACUCCAGUGCAACAACAACAGACGCAGGAACCCCCCACCUUGUCCUAG